AUGUUACCACAAGACUUCACCGUCACAAGCUUCCCUGGCCUCGUGUCCUCGUGGAAAGAUCAAAUGGCAGCGUGGCCGGCCAACACGCCGUACACGUUGGUCAACAACGUCGUCCUCCCCAGCACCGAGGACGCCGAGGCGUUCUUGAAAUUAUGGGAAUCCAUCGCGGGGAAAAUGAGGAACCAGCCAGGGUUCCCGUCAGCCCAAAUGUACCGCGCGUAUCCGGACAAGGAGGGACAGAGUAACGUGUUUGUGAUGGUUGCCGUAUGGGAGUCCGUGGCCGCGUACAAAGCUGCGGGCCAGAUGCCCGAGCUCGCGGACGCCAUCAAGGCUCUGCCGAAGGGCACGACGGAGUAUCUCCUCAUGGCGACAAAGAUCUCGGAGCCUGGGUCUUGUACGGCGUCGGAAUGA